AUGAGGCGUACCCGAGGGCUGUUGUCGCUUGUCAGUUCGUGUACCUACACCUCGUCCCUUUGUCUAGCCCUCGUCCUAAACGAUGGGGGUACGAUCAAGCUAAAAAUCGAGGGUGGGCCUGGUCCAGGAUUCUCCAGACAUCUCUUCUCCAAAUCUAAGACCGAAUGGGGUGACAUGGGCGACUGGUCCGGGGAGUUGGGCGCGGACACGGACAAUAUGAAGAGAGUUAUCCUCCAAGGGUGGAAGGUCGACUCUACUACAGAUCAUGUUCAUCCCCCGAUGGUAUUUUCAGUCCAAGAGAGGCCCGCAUCUGAAGGCGCACAACACGAACAACGUGGUCUAUGUGCACCUCCCAGGUCCAACCGGGGCGCCGGCGUCGAUGGAAUUGUUCUUUGCAUGUGUCUUCAACUGAUCAUAAGCCAAGUGAGCAUUUUCGGCCUCUCUGUGAGAGCGCAACGCUACUCGACCGAGCUGGCUUAUACUACAACCUGCAACAGUGAUGAGUGA